AAUCACCACCACGCCGGUAUACAUAUCACAGUGUUGCAAUCAUUCAAUCGACUCCAGAUCCUUCUUGGCACUAUUAACACCCAAUUUUAUCACAACUUUCACGACCAGCAUCACCGAGACCGGUUACGGUGCCGAUUUCGGAGCAGAUGGCGCAAAACGAGAGCGACAGAAUUUCACCUGUCGUCCACGGGCUCAACGUUGGUCCACAAACACAAUGCCUCCAUUGGCACUCAGAUCGUGACAUCAUUGCCAUUCGUCACAAGUGUUGCAAUCUUUACUACGCUUGUAUCAGUUGCCAUGAGGCGCAAGCGGAUCACCGACCGGAGGUGUGGCCCAAGGGAGAGCGCAAUGAGAAGGCGGUUCUGUGUGGACACUGCAAGCGAGAACUGACCAUCUCUGAGUACCUCAAUAGUGGGAAUUGCUGUCCUGGUUGUGAGGCUGCGUUCAAUCCGGGAUGCGCAAUGCAUUACAAUUUAUACUUUGAAAUGUAGUUAAAUCACUGAUCUGUUCGUCGCCGUUUGUGUGAAGCCG